AUGAUCGAUUAUGAGUUUUAUUACGAGCAAUAUCGUCGGGAGCCGAAAAAGUCAACGGCUAGUAAAAAAGAUCUGUUGGAUUAUCAUUCAGCUGUUUCAACAGCCACUUCCAAUAAUUGGUCACAACCUGUCAAACGAUCACUUGCUACAACAUGUAUCGAUGGCAGUGAACUACCAAAUACACAUGAGACUCCUUAUCAAGUUAAAGAUUCGUUUCCGAAAGGGAAGUUUCGACGAAAACCACUCGUCGCAUACGAAAAGAAAUCGCGAGAAGCAACAUCAGUCAUUGAUAGUACACCAAUUCCAUCUGAAAAAAGUCGAUCAUUGUUGUCAAUGACUCCAAAUCAGCCUGAUAUGCAACCGAAGAGUACAUCCAGUCGAAUCACUAGUGCUUUUGUGUAUGACGAGAAGGAUAGUACUGCGAAGCUUUAUGGACGUCGUGCAACGGCACAUGCGAACGGUUGGGUACGUCGAUAUAAAUCAGUGAAUCAAUCUCAUGUAAUAACGAAUUUUCUACACGAUUUGGAACGACAUCAGAAACAUUUAUUCCGAAAGCGAACGUGUCAACCGCAACCACCACCGUUCUCACCUUCAUCGUCCGCGUCAUCAUUGGAUUUGGACUUUCUGUUGAAUAAACGUAGACGAAAGAACGGUGUCAAGAAUCAAAAAGUUUAUCGAAUUCUUGCAUUCGGAGACAGCAUCACUGAAGGUUUUCAUUUUGCUGGAUUUCGUUUUCAUCCGUACACGAUUAAACUAGCAGAAUUAAUCCGAAAUCAUUGUGAAUGGACGUAUAACGGUUCUUCCGAUCGACCACAAAUUGAGGUUAGAGUAUGUGGUCGAAGUAAUGAGUGUGUACUUGGUGGUAUGAUCGAUCGUCUGCGCACAACUCUGUCCGAUGCCGUUGAAGAAGGCCACUAUUAUCGCUGGAUCAUCAUCUUAGGUGGUAUUCAUGAUUUGGGUUUAGGUGUGAAACCUGACAUCAUUUUCGACGGAUUAAAACAGAUGUAUAAUAUGGCAUAUGAACACGGUGCAAAUGUGGUGGUGAUGACUAUUAAUGAAACAGGUCGUUUGAAAACAAAUGAUCCUCGUGAUCUCGAUCGACAUACAUUGAACACAUUGAUCAAGAAAUAUGCAUGGGAAAAUCACUAUGCUGGUGGACGACGAACCUUCUGUGUAGAUAUUAAUGAAGCUAUUCCAUGGCACCGGCCAGAUUUAGAGCAAAAGAAAAUACUAUGGGAUGAUCACAUGCAUUUGACACCCAAAGGUUACGAUUUGAUUGGUACACUGAUAUUUCAAACCAUUGUUGAUCAUCUGAAUCUACGAGAUAUUUAA